AGUACUUUACAAACGAACGAAGAGAGAUCCAGAGAGAGCGAGCGAGAGAGAGAGAAAAACCCACGCGGAGAGAGAGAGAGGGGAAGAUGAAGUUCCAAAUAGAAGACGUGACAGUAUACUUCCCAUACGACCACAUCUACCCAGAACAAUACUCCUACAUGCUAGACCUGAAACGAGCCCUAGACGCCAAGGGCCACUGCCUCCUUGAGAUGCCCACGGGCACCGGCAAAACCAUAGCCCUGCUCUCCCUCAUCACUAGCUACGCCCUCUGCAAGCCCUCCAACCCCGUCAAGCUCCUGUACUGCACCCGAACCGUCCACGAGAUGGAGAAAACCCUAGCCGAACUCCGCCGCCUCCACAAGUACCAGCUCGACCACCUCGGCCCCGCCGCCCGCAUCCUCGCCAUUGGACUCUCGUCGCGGAAGAACUUGUGUAUUAACCCGUCUGUCGUGACAGCGGAGAAUCGGGAUUCCGUGGACGCCGCCUGCCGGAAGCUGACAGCCAGCUGGGUGCGUGCUCUGGCCGCGGAGAACCAUAGGGUUCCGACUUGUGAGUUUUUCGAGAGUUUCGAGAAGGCCGGCUCGGAUGGCGUGUUGCCCCCUGGUGUUUUUACUCUGCAGGAUUUGAGGGCGUUUGGGAAGGAGAAAGGAUGGUGUCCUUACUUUUUAGCGCGCCAUAUGGUGCAGUUUGCAAAUGUUGUGGUUUAUAGUUAUCAGUAUUUGCUUGAUCCAAAGGUCGCUGGGAUCAUAUCAAAGGAAAUGCAGAGGGAGUCAGUUGUUGUGUUCGACGAGGCACAUAAUAUCGAUAAUGUUUGCAUUGAAGCACUAAGUGUGAGUGUGCGGAGCCAGACACUUGAAGGGGCAACAAGGAACCUCAAUAAGAUGUCUCAGGAGGUCGAAAGGUUUAAGGCCACUGAUGCAGGCAGAUUGCGAGCAGAAUACAACCGGCUUGUUGAAGGUUUGGCACAAAGGGGGAACCUACCUAUUUCAGAUACCUGGCUCUCAAAUCCUGCAUUGCCAGAUGAUAUUGUCAAGGAAGCCGUGCCUGGAAACAUACGAAGGGCGGAGCAUUUCCUGUCUGUUUUACGAAGAUUAGUUCAGUAUCUUAAAGGACGUUUGCAAACUGAGAAUGUUGAAAAAGAAGGGCCUGUUGCCUUUGUGGCCUCUAUCAAUGCACAGGUUGGGAUUGACCAGAAAAUGCUGAGAUUCUGUUAUGACCGCCUGCACUCACUUAUGCUGACACUAGAGAUAACGGACACAGAUGAGUUUUUGCAUAUUCAAACGAUUUGCGACUUUGCAACACUGGUGGGGACAUACACGAGGGGUUUCUCACUCAUAAUUGAACCUUUCGAUGAGAGAAUGCCAAAUAUCCCAGAUCCUGUAUUGCAGCUUAGCUGCCAUGAUGCUUCCCUUGCCAUAAAGCCUGUAUUCGAACGCUUUCAGACUGUUGUAAUUACCUCCGGAACUCUAAGCCCUAUUGAUCUCUACCCCCGCCUUCUGAAUUUUAAUCCAGUUGUCAGCCGAAGCUUUACGAUGUCCUUGACAAGGGAUUGCAUAUGCCCAAUGGUUCUGACUCGUGGAAGUGAUCAGCUUCCAGUUAGCACAAAGUAUGAUAUGAGAACUGAUGAAGGUGUGGAAAGGAAUUAUGGGAAGCUUUUGCUGGAGAUGGUGUCUAUUGUUCCAGAUGGAAUAGUGUGUUUUUUCGUCAGUUACUCAUAUAUGGAUGGAAUUGUCAAUAGUUGGAAUGAGAAGGGAAUUUUGAAGGAAAUAAUGCAACAUAAGCUUGUCUUCAUUGAGACUCAGGAUGUGGUGGAAACUACGUUGGCUCUGGACAACUAUCGCAAGGCUUGUGAUUGCGGGAGAGGUGCUGUAUUUUUCUCUGUUGCCAGGGGCAAAGUGGCAGAAGGUAUCGAUUUUGAUCGACAUUAUGGCAGACUAGUUAUCAUGUUCGGUGUUCCUUUUCAGUAUACAUUAAGCAGAAUAUUGGGUGCACGAUUGGAGUACUUAAGAGAAACUUUCCAAAUAAAAGAAGGCGAUUUCCUGACAUUCGAUGCUUUGAGACAAGCUGCUCAAUGCGUUGGGCGAGUGAUCCGUUCAAAGGCAGAUUAUGGGAUGAUGAUUUUUGCCGAUAAAAGGUACAGCCGUCAUGACAAACGUUCUAAAUUACCAGGAUGGAUACUGUCACAUUUGCGCGAUGCUCAUCUAAACUUGAGUACUGACAUGGCUGCGCAUAUAGCGCGAGAGUUUUUACGCAAGAUGGCUCAACCUUACGAUAAGAGUGGUGGAAGUGGUAGGAAAACCCUAUUGUCACAAGAAGACUUGGAGAAGAUGGAAAAUGGCAGUCUUGGGGAAAUGUUCUGAUAGAAUAGUAUUAUUCCUCAACGUGCUGCUUUUGUUGAAGUCAACUGCAGUCCUCGUUUGCUUCUGAUGGCUAAACCUCAUAAACAUGUUCCUUUCCGGGAUGAAAGGUUAAAUUAUUUGGCCUACAAGGAAAAUACUGACAUGAGGACCUGGAACCCGUGUUCCUUUUGCUUUGAUCAGCAAUUUCACAAAUUCACAGUUGAGGUGCAAGUUUUUGUACAAUUUUCAAAUGCAGUAGCGAUCUUUAUGGUCUUCCGAGAUAUUGUGGUCUGAGUUGCACCCAAGGUUUUGUUAGUUAGGUGGUGCUUUUGCCUACUCAGAGUAGGUUGUAGUGAUGAGGUUCGUUCUUGAUGCUUUUUGCUUUAUCUUUGAUCCCUGAUCUCUGUUAUGGUGCUUACAUCCUUGCCAAAAGAAAAGGAAAAUCAAGCUUGAAUGAGAUUCGUUGACUAUGCUAUCGGGAAUUUCCUGAGUAUUGGCACUUCUGUAAAUUGAUUCUCUUCUUGAACAUGCAAGUAAAUAUCUGUUUACUAUAGCA